AGAUGACGGCAAUCUAAUAAAAACCCCAGAAAAGGUGGUGGAAGAGCCCGGCGGCCGGUGGUGGUCGGGCAAAGAAGGAUAUAUAGAUAACAUAGCCGCCAAUUUUUUAGUAUGAGAAUGGGCAAAGAAAAAUGGGCAGAAAAGAUGUGUGGAUUCAUUAAUGAGAAGGAAAUAGAAAGAGAGAAUUAUAUAGAUGAUAAAAGCUCCCACUAUAGUAUUACUAGUGGAAUUCUUCCUUCUCUUGGCGCCCAUCAUAGUAAUCGCAGAAUUAAACUCCGUCGCUACAUUAUCUCCCCCUCCAAUCCCCGUUACAGGGCUUGGGAUGCAUUUCUGGUGCUUCUCGUGUUCUACACAGCAUGGGCGUCGCCUUUUCAGUUUGGAUUUCUGGACAGACCUCGAGGACCUAUUGCCAUCAUAGAUAACAUAGUUAACGGAUUUUUUGCCUUUGAUAUUAUCCUGACAUUCUUUGUUGCCUAUCUUGAUAAAUCAACUUACAGUAUGAUUGAUGACCCAAAGUUGAUCGCUUGGAGGUAUACCAGAUCUGGGUUUAUUUUUGAUGUGAUAUCCACUGUCCCAUCGGAACUUGUUCGGAAAGCAUUGCCCCACUCUUUUCAAUCAUAUGGAUACUUCAGUAUGCUUCGUCUCUGGCGUCUUAGAAGAGCCAGUGCCAUGUUUGCGAGAUUGGAGAAAAACAGGAAGUUCAGUUACUUUGGGGUUCGAGUACUGAAGCUUAUAUGUGUGACUCUUUUCGCAGUUCAUUGUGCUGGCUGUUUCUACUAUCUUCUUGCUGCUCGGAAAAAAGACCCAAGUAAAACAUGGCUUUCACUUGCCAUGGAAAAUUUUCAUGACAGGAGCAUCUGGGAUCUCUAUGUAAUGUGUAUAUAUUGGUCCAUUACAACGCUUACAACAACUGGCUAUGGGGAUUUGCAUGCUGUUGCUACAGAGGAGAUGAUAUUUACCAUGAUUUACAUGCUAUUUGACCUCGGGUUGACUGCUUAUCUCAUUGGAAACAUGACCAACUUAGUUGUCCAUGGAACCAGUAAGACUAGGAAAUUUAGGGAUACCAUUCAAGCUGCUUCAAGCUUUGCACAAAGGAAUAAUUUGCCGGUUCGCCUUCAAGAUCAGAUGCUAUCUCACUUGUGUUUGAGGUACAGAACAGACUCGGAAGGUCUGCAACAACAAGAAACUCUUGAAACACUACCCAAAGCUAUUCGAUCUAGCAUUUCACAUUAUCUGUUCUAUUCACUUGUGGAUAAGGUGUACUUAUUCCAUGGUGUAUCAAAUGACUUACUUUUUCAACUGGUCUCUGAGAUGAAAGCCGAGUAUUUUCCCCCAAGAGAGGAUGUCAUUUUGCAGAAUGAAGCACCAACAGAUUUUUAUAUUCUGGUAACUGGAGCAAUGGAACUUAUUUCACACAGGAAUGGGAUGGAACAUGUGGUUGGCGAGUUAAAGGCAGGGGACGUUUGUGGAGAAGUAGGUGUCCUUUGCUAUAGACCUCAAUUUUUUACCGUUCGAACCAAAAGAACAUCCCAACUGCUACGUUUGGAUCGUACUUCUUUUUUCAACAUCGUUAAAGCAAAUAUUGGAGAUGGGACAAUAAUCAUGAACAAUAUCCUUCAGCAUUUGAAAGAGCGAAGGGACCCAAUGAUGACAGCAGUAUUAGCAGAUAUAGAACACAUGUUGACUCAGGGAAGAAUGGACAUACCUCUCAGCUUAUGUUUUGCAGCAAACAGAGGAGAUGAUCUUUUGUUGUGCCAAUUGCUUAAAAGGGGUACCGAUCCUAAUGAAUCUGAUAACAACGGGCGUACAGCGUUGCAUAUAGCAGCUUCAAAUGGAAAUGUUGAAUGUAUUCUUCUACUUCUCGACUUUGGAGCAGAUCCAAAUAAAAAAGAUUCUGAAGGAAAUGUUCCAUUGUGGGAUGCAAUGGUGGGGAAGCACGAAGCUGCAAUAAAAUUGCUUGUGGACAACGGUGCAAAGAUAUCUUCAGGAGAUGUAGGUCAGUUUGCUUGCUUUGCGGUGGAGCAAGGCAGCCUAGACUUGCUCAAGGAGAUUAUCAAGUAUGGAGGUGAUGUCACCCUUCUUAACAGCCUAGGCACGACCGCAAUGCACACUGCUAUUUCUGAGGAGAAUGUGGAAAUAGUUAAAUACCUACUGGAACAAGGAACUGACAUUGAUAAACCAGAUGUUCACGGUUGGACACCAAGAGCAUUGGCUGAAUAUCAGGGCCACGAAGAGAUAAAGGAGCUUUUCAACUUGAUGCAACCAAGUAGUAAUAAAGAAGCCAAUGUCUCUCCUCCUGAAAUGCCUGAUGCUCCCUACCUUAAGAAGUAUCAGAGCGACCCCAUGAUUUGCGUCUCAACUCCUGUGGAAACACCAUUACUAGCUAGAGAAAAUGGCUCGUCCAAUGGCAGGUUGAGGAGAAGGGCUAGUUUCUAUCAGAAUUCACUGAUGGGAUUUAUGUCAGCACGCCAGAGACACCAUGAAGGAGGAGGUGACCUUAGUUAUUCUUCAACUAAAGUUGCAAAUGCAAGAAUUCUAGACAGAAUAACCAUCAGUUGUCCAGAGAAAGGUGAUAUAGGUGGAAGGGUUGUGCUUUUGCCGAAUUCAGUUCAAGAGCUACUUGAUAUUGGUGCUAAAAAAUUUGGUAUCUCUCUCACGAAAGUACUAACUGAAGAUGGCGCACUUAUUGAAGACAUUGCUGUGAUUAGAGAUGGAGAUCAUCUAGUUCUUGCUGGUGAUGGUACUUCAGAAAAUUAAACAUAGCUCAUCAUUUCAAACAAUGAUGUUUCAGAAAUGGAUCUGAUUGAUUUUGAGCUUAUUCUCUCAUGGAAUGCAUACUUGGUAUUGUAACUGAAGAAUUGACAAAAAAUACACUGUGAAGUUAGCGACAAAUGUAGGGUGGGUUAAACCAAACUCAUUAUUUUUUGCUCGAACUAUGUAUACAUAUGUAAAAAGACUAAAAAUGCGUACAUAUUAUAAUAUCACAUUCAUUUUGAGCC